AUGCCCGGCCUCGUGGAGCAGCUCGACGGCGCGCUCUCGGACCUGCUGCAGGGCUGGAAUGUCUACUCGACGCUGCUGCUCGCCGCCCUGCUCGGCCUCGUCGCCUGGAUCGUCGCCCACAACGCCGACGCCGACACGCACCCGCUGCUGCUGGCCCGACAGGCGCAGGCCUCGUACGUGCGCCAGCCCCGCGAGUCGGCCGUGUUCAGGUCGCCCGAGACCCCCCACGGCUACCCGCUGCGAACCGGCCUCGCCGUCAAGUACCCCGGCGCCCCCAUGUACGCCGCCGGCAAGGACGGCGACCUGCGCGACGUCUGGCGCCGCGUCACGGGCGAGAUCCCCCUGGACAAGAAGGCCAGCUCCACCGGCACCGCCACCCUCAUGACCGUCCUGGGCACCGAGGCCCUCGCCGAGCACGACGUGGCCGGCAUCUCCAAGGAAAUCGCCAUCCUCGGCGCCCAUCUGCACGAGCACGGCGCCAGGCGCGUCGCCGUCUACCUGCCCAACAGCCUCGAGUUCCUCGCGCUCCUGUUCGCCGGCGCCUUCUACGGCUUCACCCCCGUCCUCAUCCCCUACAACCAGCCCCACGCGACGCUGGUCCAGCUCCUGCAGCAGACGCGCGCCGACUCGCUCGUCGCCCAGGCCGGCGCCGUGCCCCUCGCCGACGUGACCCAGAGCGUGCCCGGCCUGCGCCAGGUCGUCUGGAUCGUGGAGAAGACGAGCCGGCACAUGGACUGGAGCGAGGUCCCCGAGGGCAUUGGCGGCAAGGUCGACGUCUCCGUCUGGCACGAGCUCGUCCAGGACGCAAAGCACACCGACGCCGCCCUGCCCUCGGACACGACGACGGCCCCGCCCAACGUCGUCUUCCUCUGGCAAGAAGCUGUGGGCAAGCCGGCCGAGGUCGUCGAGUUCACCCAGAAGAACAUCGCUGCCGCCGUCGGCUCGCUCAUCACCUCGCUGCCCGCCGCCCAACGCUUCACCGCGUCUGACACGCUCCUCCCCGCCGAUGCCUUCACAAACUCGUACUGCCUCUGUCUCACCCUCGUCGCCCUCUUCUCCCACGCCACCGUCAUCAUCAACUCGGUCGCCGGCCCCGGCGUCGACCUGGCCCUGGCAACCCGCUCGCUGGCACCCACCAUCGUCGUGGCUUCUGCCGAGUCCGUCGCGAAGCUCCACAGCACCACCGCUGCAUCGGCUGCCGGCCCCCUGAAGCAGCUCGCCCACCAUCUCGAGUCUCGCGUUCUGGCCUCGGGCCGUCUGCCCACCAACCAACCCCUGAGUCGACUGAUCGCACCCGCGAGAGCCGUGCUGGGCACCACGCCGGGGAAGCUGCGCUUGCUCUUCACCUCGGAACGCGCCGGCCAGAACACCCCCCCGCUGACGUCCAGCGACCUCUCAGAUCUGCGCAUCUACACCCAGGCACGCGUCGUCUAUGCGCUGACAGCCGCCAAGGUCGCCGGGGCGGUGGCGCAAACCAACAUGUACGACUACAGGGUCGGGAGCACACGCUCGAACAAGCACAGCCACUUUGGCGUUCCGCUGAGCAGUCUGGAGCUCAAGGUCAGAGACACGCCCGACCUCCAGACCACCGAGGAGCAGUCCAUUGGCGAGCUGGUGGCGAUAGGGUCCUCGGUCGCGGGUGGAGAAGCCUCUCUGGGCUUCCAUGCGACGUUUGGCAAAGACCACACGCUGGCGUACGUCUGA